AUGCUUACUGCUUCUUUCCGUCCGCCCAGUGGUGGCUGGUACUCCCGUCCUCCGCCCCCAAUGCAGCGCCGCGGCCGCUCACGCCAAAUUUCCCCAGUGGCACUUGCCAGGCAGGCGUCCGAGGAACGGAGAAUACUAUUAUAUCUCGACAUGCAGCGGGAAGCAGAAAUUGCAUCGGAAAAGGUGGAUCCUUCCUCGACGCAUGCAGAGGAGCCACAUCUUGCUUCAGCCGCGUCAUCACUGGUCCGCUCUCCUUCACGCUCUUCGAAUAUCCAGGCCGACUCCGUGAAGUCGGCAGAUAGAUCCCCUUCGUCCACCCGCUCUUUAUCCCCGACACCUUCAGGGUCUCUAGGGUCUGCUGAAUCAUCAGCACCCUCUUCUAUUUCCCCUGACUCUUAUGACUCGCCUCCCUCGCCCCCCCGAUCACUCGAAGAUCAAGUCCAGGUGGCUUACGCGUUGGAUGAUAUCCGUCUAGCUAAGAUUCUGCUUCUUAAGCUUAAAGGAAUCGAUGUCACCUCGGAUAAUGAUCCUCGGAUAGAUGAAGUCCAAGACGAAGACUUUGACAUGUGCUUCGUACCCUCUGGCCCACUUAAACUCGAAGAACCUGAAAGGCUCGUUGUCCAAGAAACCCGACUGAGGCAGCAGGCAAGGUGGGAGGAGGCUCAGCGACAACAACGCUUGCGCGCGUGCGAAAAGAUUUGGGAGGAAGAGAAGCAACGUCUACACACAGAACGACUUCGCGCUAUUCGCCGUCGUGAGGAAGAUAUUGCUAUAGAGGAAGAGCGAAGACGGUUGGCAGAGGUUCAUCAGCGCGAAGAGGCAGAGCUCGCUCUCCGACAGCGUUCCACGCGGGUGGGGUUCUCGUCGAAACGUGACGAAGAUCCAUUUCAGUACACCUUCAUGCGGCCCAUGAAGUUGAGUACAACCCCACCCAAGCGUGGCCUCACAUCCCCGAAGCCACUCGGUAAUGACACCACGUCGAAGCCUUCAGGUGGCCUCCAGCGCACAGUGUCGUUCAAGGAGGUCGUGUCCUCUAUGGACGGUAAGCUGUUCCCCCUCGACGCAGCUGAGCGGGCGGAGGAGGCGAGGCGUAUUGCUGGCAUCAGCACUGUUGCCAGCCCUUCGCGGCACCGCCGUCAUAACUCUGCGCAAUCCGAUUUACUCCUCAGCUUGUUGCAAGUUGUGGAGUGGCAGGAAGGAGAGAGGAGAAAGGCGAAAGGCAAGGACGUGGAACGGCCUGCGCAACUUCUUGAGCAAUCUCCGCUUUGCAGUACUCCCACCCCUAUGCUUUCGAUCCCUUCAUCUGACUCGAUACCCUCGAUGUCGUCGUCUUCAGUUUCCACGUCUCGGUCGAACUCUUGGUUGUCCUUUGGCAGUUGGCGCUCGUCGGUAACGGACAUUACGUCUCCCGAAGCGUCUUCGCCCGUUACUGACUCACCCAAAUGUUCUACAUCGUCCCUGCAGCUACCUACUCUCUAUGAGAGUCAGCGAGACCUCAACCCGCGCUCCUCCUUUGUUCCCGUUUCGCUUGAUGAGACACCACUUUCACCGCCCAAUGCUCAGAGACAUGCUCGGAAUGUGCAACCCUCUCAACCUGCUGUAGGCGUUCCUUCACCAGCCAGUGGCUCUCGUGGGUUGGAGAGCAUGGGAAAAACACUGGUUCGACAUGUCAGCCGUUCGGUCCACGGGAUAGUCGAUGUGGCGAAAGGACUUCAGUCGGCCUACAUCUCUACAACCAUGUUUUCCGUUUGCGCCGCUCCCUCGCACUCUUCUACGUCUUCUUCACGUGCCCCCCUCAACAGAAAGAGUUUCCGCCGCUAUGGCUACCGUGCUCGCCCGGCUGACGUGAAGAAGUUUACUUCUAUCGCCACACUAUCUCCAACAGCUACCUCACCCGAGCCUAUCCACUUCAUCCCUCUCGUAUCCCCUUUCGCAGUAGCGCCUGGUGCUACAUUAACCGUGCAUCGUUCGGCGUCCUCUCACUCCCUUAUCAUACCCUCACCCCUUCGCCCUCGUACUCCACCCACUGCGCUCGCUUACCGGAUGCGCCCCGUUGCGAACCCUGAAAUCCUUCGUUUACGCGCACUACAGAAUCUCAUGUGUGCCCGGGGCAAAGAAUGGGAAGGCCGCGGACGAGAAGGUGGGCUUGGCUGCGGCAAAGAGCGUAUGCUCGGCGUUGCCUUUGAAGGCCGGGGGCCGAGCGGCCUAGGGUGCGAGAUACGCUUCGUUAUCGCAUGAGGGCUUUCCUCCUCGGGUCAGGACUGUGUGUCCUCAGUUUCUGGACUUUAUAAUCAGUUUAUGCGCUGUUUAAUUCUAAUCGUUGGAACGGGACCUUCCGUUUUAGUUUGUAGGUUGGUGCGGGGAGGGGGAGCGGUGAUAUAGGUGGCCCCAUCUGUUGUCUGUAUCUAUAGAACGUUAGCUGACGAUACCCUCGCAUGACGAGCACGUACAUAUGCUCUUUUCUUCUUUCUUGUACAUAUAUAUACCUAGCGUUUUUGCGACAUCCCAUCACAUCUAGACUUGCCAUUUUCCUUGUUUGCGAUUCCUCCUCCUACGUACUUCGUAUGUGCUUUGCCAUAGAGAGCUGAUAGAAUGCAAUCUCAUGUUUGUUCAUCGUAUGCUGCAAUCGAUACCAGUCC